UGUACACACUCUGAACACAAAGUUCUGAAGUGAGCCUUCUCCUCUCUACCAGCUCUCUGCUGACCAGCCUCCGCCCGUGUAAACAGGAAAAGAAAAGGGCGAGUGAGCUUAGUCUCUGUGUUUAUUGUGUUGAAGUGGAGGAUAAUGUCUGAUUCAGGGAGAACAGAGUCCAGCAGUCAGAUGUCUGAUGCUCAGCUAAUGCAGCAGUUAGCUCUGCUGGGCUGGCUGAAGACUGACAGUGUGGAGUGCAAGAACUUCCUCACCACAGUAACCGGCAUGCAGGUGGCACGAGAGGUCCUGCAUAGGCUUUCAGGGCAAGAUAAAGUGGAUGCUUACAGGAAAGAGUGCAUCGAACGUGUGGCCGACUUUGUGAGGAGGAAUCCCAGAGCAUCUCAGAGGGAACUGAAUGAUGAAGUAGAGAAGAACAUCCUUCUGUUCGCCUCCAGAGUUCAGGCUCUAGACUCUGCUCCUCUUUUCUGAAAUGUGACUUAUACUUUUGAGUGCCUUUCAUGCUCCCUGUCUGUUUAUCUACUUUUGUCUGUGUUUCAAUGUCUGUAAGUUUUCUGGAUGGGGAUUCAGCCUAGUUCUGAACUACACAGCAUUCUAAAUGGAGAUUAAAUUUCCAUUAAUCCAAAAAAAUCAGGACUAGGUGUAAUCCUUUUCAGACUCUAUUGUAACUUUACUUUCUGUAAAAAUAAAUUGUUUUUGUUUUGAAA